UGAAGGCGUCAGCAGCGCGGCGGCUGUCAGCGGUGGAUGAGGACGGAGAUUAUCCUCCUUUACUGCGACUCAGUGUUAACACGGAUCCACACAGGCAGGAGGUGUUUAGUGACACAAAAUGGGAAACGCCGACACCAAACUUCACUUCAGGAAGGCGGUGAUCCAGCUCACGACCAAAACUCAGCCCGUAGAGGCCACAGACGAUGCCUUCUGGGAUCAGUUCUGGGUUGACUCCUCCACCACCAUCCAGGACGUCUUCGCUCUGGUGCCGGCGGCUGAGAUCCGAGCCGUCAGAGAGGAGUCUCCGUCCAACCUGGCAACCCUCUGCUACAAGGCGGUGGAGAGGUUGGUCCAGGCCGCAGACUCCGGCUGCCCCUCAGAGAAACAGCGGCAGAUCGUCCUGAACUGCGUCCGCCUGCUCACCCGCAUCCUGCCCUACAUAUUCGAGGACGCCGACUGGAGGGGCUUCUUCUGGUCCACGGUGCCCGGCGCCGGCAGAGCGGGGCGCCUGGAUGAAGACGACGGUGAGGACGAGGCGCGGCCGCUGGCUGAGUCUCUGCUGCUGGCCAUCGCCGACCUGCUCUUCUGUCCAGAUUUCACCACUCAGAGUCACAAGAAGAGCAGCGCGGAUGCAGCUGAGGACAUUCAGUCCAUCGACAGCUGUGAGUACAUCUGGGAGGCCGGGGUGGGCUUCGCUCAGACUCCACCUCUAAACUACGUCCACGACAUCAACAGGACGGAGCUGCUGAAGCUGCUCCUCACCUGUUUCUCUGAAGCCAUGUAUCUCCCUCCAUCCUCCGAGAGAAAAAACCUCAACCCCUGGGUCUCCUUCUUCUGCUCCACAGAGAACAGACACGCCCUGCCGCUCUUCACCUCCCUGCUCAACGUGGUGUGUGCGUACGACCCCGUCGGCUACGGCUUCCCGUACAACCACCUGCUGUUCUCCGACCAGCGGGGGCUGCUGGUGGAGCAGGCGGUCCAGAUCCUCAUCGUCACCCUGGAGCAAGAGACCGGGUCGGCUGCCGGCUUCGCCCUGCAGGCCCUGAACGGGUCUGCAUCUCCGUCAGCUGAGGAGGAGCAGGAGUCAGCGGGACCUGAAAACCUCUUUGUGAAUUAUCUCUCCAGGAUCCACAGAGAAGAGGACUUGAGCUUCAUCCUCAAAGGUCUGGCUCGGCUGCUCAACAACCCUCUGGUCCAGACGUACCUGCCUCACUCCACCAAGAAGAUCCAGUUCCACCAGGAGCUGCUGAUCCUCUUCUGGAAGUUCUGUGACUUCAACAAGAAAUUCCUCUUCUUUGUGCUGAAGAGCAGUGAUGUGUUGGACAUGCUGGUUCCCAUCCUCUUCUACCUGAACGAUGCCCGAGCAGACCAGUCUCGUGUCGGCCUCAUGCACAUCGGCGUGUUCAUCCUGCUGCUGCUGAGCGGAGAGAGAAACUUCGGUGUCCGUCUGAACAAACCGUUCAUCCUGCGCAUCCCGAUGGACAUUCCUGUUUUCACAGGAACCCACGCCGACCUGCUCAUCGUGAUCUUCCACAAGAUCAUCACCAGUGGACACCAGCGCCUCCACCCUCUGUUCGACUGCCUGCUCACAGUCAUAGUGAACAUUUCUCCGUAUCUGAAGAGUCUGUCCAUGGUGGCAGCGAACAAGCUGCUCCACCUCCUGGAGGCCUUCUCCACCCCCUGGUUCCUCUUCUCCUCACCCCAGAACCACCACCUGGUCUUCUUCCUGCUGGAGGUCUUCAACAACAUCAUCCAGUAUCAGUUUGAUGGGAACUGCAACCUCGUGUACGCCAUCAUCCGGAAGAGGAACGUUUUCCACCAGCUGGCCAACCUGCCGUCCGACAUGGCGUCUAUCCAGAAGGCCCUGCAGAGGAAGAAGAAGUCUGGGAUCUCCAGAACGAACUCCAUAGAGACAGUGUCCAUGGAGGGCUCCAGACCGGCUGUACCUGCCGAGCCGGGCACGCUCAAAGCCAGCCUAGAGGCCACUCCAGCGCUCCAAGUUGAGUUUGAAAACGUGACAGAAGUAAGAGAUAUUAAAAAUGCAUCCACCGGAGGGGCUUCUGAGCCUGACAGCCGCCUGGUCGCUACUGCACAUGUGCAACUCUCAGCAGAGAUGAGAAAGAAGCGAGAGGUCUCACUGGUUACUGCUGCCAUCAUCAGCUCUGGCAUCGAUAAGAUAACAGAGAAGGCUCAGGUGAGUGAGGACGGCACCAUGGUCGCCGUGCCACACUCGGACUCUCCACAGGCAGCAGCUGACUGCGGCGCUGCAGCCGGAGGCAGCGACACGGAGUCCAACUCAGAGAGAGACCACGAGGUGUAUCAGGCGGAGUCGGAGGCGACGAGGAGUCGACUGUCCAGCGUGUCGUCAUCAGCAGCCUGGAGCCCAAACACAGACUGGGUGUUGUCAUGGAAAGUGAAGCUUCCUCUUCAGACCAUCAUGCGGCUCUUACAGGUUCUGGUCCCUCAGGUGGAGAAGAUCUGCAUCGACAAGGGUUUGACAGACGAGUCAGAAAUCCUCAAGUUCCUUCAGCACGGCACGCUGGUCGGCCUCCUGCCCGUCCCCCAUCCCAUCCUCAUCCGGAAGUACCAGGCCAACGCCGGCACGGCCAUGUGGUUCCGUACCUACAUGUGGGGAGUCAUCUACCUACGCAACGUUGAUCCUCCGAUCUGGUACGACACGGACAUCAGGCUCUUUGAGAUCCAGAGGAUUUAAAGCAGCUGUUUUUCUUGACACACUCCCUGACAGAGAAGAUCCGGUUCACCUCCCUCACACCUGAGCUGCGACCAGAGGAAGAGACGAUCAUCAGUCUUCCUGCCAACCAUCAGGAUCCAGACCAAAACGCGUCAAAACGUCUUGUCGGAGUAGAAAGAAAUGCCAAAUUGUCAUUAUAUGUGAAAAUAGAUCUGACAUUAAUUGAAUAUUAAUGUAAUCACUCUGCCAAAAUAUAAUUAGUAGUUGGAAGGGAAGAACACACUCGACACUUUCUGUUUGUCUUUUAAACUCUUCGCCAAAUAUGAACUCCUGGAUACAACAGACAGCAGACUGAAGGAAACUGUUGUGCUGAAGCCUUUCACACCGAGCUGAAAGGGAACCGAAACUGUCCUGCAAAUGUAAAUACAGUGUGUUGUAUGCUGAAUUAAAAACCUAUUCACAUCGGUUUGAGCUCAGAGGAAGU